UUAGUUUGGCUAUAGUUGAAAAUGAAAUAAAAGAAGAGGGAGAAAAAGAAUUAUAAAAUGGGGCGGGCGGCAGUUGAAACGGUUGAAGAGUGAAUCUUUGAAAGAAGCAAGAGCCAGCUCAAAUGCUGACAUAACAAAACACAGAGAUAAGCAAAAUAAAAACCUUCAUUUCAUUGACGAGGUCCUCUUUCAAGCAAACAUCUCUCUCAUUCGUCGGCUUUCUCUUGUCACUCUUCCCAUUCCAUUGUUUCCUUUGUUGCCCAGUGUUAAUCCCUUCUUCUUCUUCUCUUUCCUCUCUUUGGACCUUUCCCUAUUCUGCUCUCUUUUAAAUGGCGGUCUUUUAUCUUCUACCAUGCCCAUUAUUCUAUCCUCGUCAUUUCCCAAGCUUCACCCACUUCCCUGUUCCAGAUUGGAGUCCCAUUUGGAGUUUCAAGCCAUUACAGGAGAAUCGGCUCAUUUUUCCUGUUUGGGUUUUGUUGCCCUCUAGUUGUUCGAUGAAUUUCCCACUCUAAGGCACACCCAGCCGGUUGUCAUUAGAAGCAGACACUCCAUCCCUAGGACGCAUCAUUUUAGAGGAAAUUAUUUAGAGUCAAUGGCUUCAUCUCUGGAGGAGCUUCUUGCUGAAGAAGGUUUUAGAGGAAGAAGACCGAUAAGGAAGUCUAAAGGGCCGUUCAAUUCACACGCCACAAGCACAUCUAACAAUGAUUCCCAAGACAAAAGAAACUUGGAUUCUGAUCUGGGUGGUCAAGUUAGAACCACUAUGAAGCCUUCUCUACUCCGACAUAGCUCUAAUGGAGAUUUUCAUUCAAGAGGUAUGACGAAGAAUUUGACAGAAGGAGGUAAUUUUACAUACAGAGAAAAGAGAGAUAAAAAGUCAAGUAAACAAUACGUGGAGAGAUUUGAUGGGAAAAGACAUGUUAAUGUAACAGAACAAAAGCCAUGCCUUGUAAAUUUAGCCAAGGAUAAAACACAAAGAGGACAUAGAUAUAUUUCUGAGGAAGAAAAUGAGAACUUCAGGGGCAUAUAUUCUAAUGAAGUGCAUGUCCGACGUGGAGUAAAAUGUGCAGCCAAAGAAAAAGAGCUAUAUAAAGAGAGGUGGUCAGGGAAGAUCAUAGAUGUGGAAAAAAGGCAAAGAAACAGUUUGAAGAAAAAUUUAUUUGGGCGUAUAAAUUUUCAUCAUUGCAAUGAAACAGCUGUAUAUUUGCCAGAGAGUUCUUAUGAUAAAAGUAAAACCAACGCCAGUACAAGAAAUUGGAAAAACUUUGAAGAUGAUCACAGCCAAACACACGACACUUUUGAAGAUGAUCGCAGUCAAGCACAUGACACUUUUGAAGAUGAUCGCAGUCAAACACAUGACACUUUUGAAGAUGAUCACAGUCAAACACAGGACACUUUUGUAGAUUCAGGUUCUCUUCCUGCUUUAGAUGAAGUUGCUGUCCAAGCUGUGGUUUCCAUCAUUAAUGGUCAUCUUAAAUAUUUUCUCAAAGACAAGGAUUUCCGCUUGAUGCUUCGGCAAAAUAGUUUCAAUCCACUGAAUUUUAUUGGAGUUGAAGAAUGUAACAGUUCCAAGGUUGUUGCUAACCUUGAACAAGCAAUUGACGUAGUUGAAAAAGCUGCUGAAGGAUUGUCAACUGAAAAGAACUUAAAGAAAGCAUUAUUGCAGCUGAGUAUGAUAGCAGGUCUGAAUACAAAUGCUUUAAAGGAUGGCUUUACAUUUGGGAUAUCUAAUUCUAAAUUAUCUGCUUGUGCGCAUCUCUACCUCGGUAUAAUAUUCAAGAUACAAAAUAAAAAAAACAGUUCGGCCAAGCAUAUUUUACAAGUAUUUUGCAAUCUGCCUUUUCAGGCACGAAAUGGGUUAUUUCCAGAACUAUGGGACGAUCUAUUUCUUCCACAUCUAUUGCAUAUAAAAUCGUGGUAUGACUAUGAAGCUGAUUCAUUAGUCAAUGCUCCAAAACAGUCUAGAAAGCAGAAACUUCUUGAUAAAGUGUAUAAUGAAACCCUGGAUUCUAGUACUUGUAAAUAUGCAGUUUACUACAAGGAUUGGCUAACUGGAAUUGAAGCUCCUGAACCUUCCAUCGUGGUCCCAGCUGUAUCUUUUGAGGGAGUUGAUCAGGAAAGCCCCGUUAAUAAUUCUUCUGCAACGACUCUUUGUAAUGAUUUUGUCUCACCUAAUCUGAUGGUCAGUAAAAAACUAUAUGAUGCUAUGUUUGCCACCUCAAAGAAUCAGGGAGCUCCACAUACUGAAAUUGAAUGGGAAUUAGAGAACCGCGACAACUGUAUCAGAAGCUCUAAUAGUUCAAAUGUUUCAAAACAUACACAGAUAUACUACUCUGACACAACUAAAGACUUAGAUCAAGAUACUGAUGAGGAUUCUACGGGAAGCACAACAGAGAACACAUCAUCUUUCGAAAAUUGUAAAGGACAAGAAUGGAAGACGUACAAUAUUAAUGCUCUAUCAGAAAUGGACGGUAGUGAUGAAAUCUGCAGUUCUACAACAUGCAAAAAUAAUGAAAUUGAUUUUGAAGUGCUGCAUGCUCAAUCAAAUACAGAAGGAAACAGCUAUAGUCAACAAAAGCUUGCACAACCCUGCCUUGAUCCUAUCAAGGUUAAUCCCUCUUUAAGAGAGCCAAAUGAUAGUUAUGAGUCCUCUGAUGAAAGAUCCUCUUUCUUGAGCCUUCCUAAGGACUUCAUCUGCCCUUUAACUGGAGAGUUAUAUCAAGAUCCUGUGACUCUGGAGACUGGUCAAAGUUUUGAGAAGACAGCUAUCAAGGCAUGGCUUGAUCAAGGACACAGAACUUGUCCUGUGACUGGAAAGAAAUUGGAAACCUUAGCCAUACCUCUUACGAAUUUUGUUUUGCAACGUGUCAUUAAAAAUUGGAAUUCCAAUCGUCGGAGGAAUUUCCUGGCCUUCCUUUCUCAGGGAGUGCACAGUUCAGAAAAAUCUAUGAUUAAUAACAAGAGUGAGACAACAAUAUUUAUAUUAGAUCAUUUUCUAGCUGCUGGUGGCAAGGUGGAAGCAAUGGAGAAUGCCAAUUAUCUUAUUGCGAAUGGAUACUUGCGGUUUCUUAUUCAACUGUUUGAAUCAGGAAAUCUGGAAGAGAAGACACGUGUUUUGGCACUCUUAUCUCGUUGUAUUCAAGCAGAUGAACAGUGCAGAAAUCAGAUAGCUAAUGAAAUUAGCAUAAGUUCUCUUGUCAAUCUACUUCACAGCAAGCAGGUUAAGUCAUUAGAAAGUGUUGUGCAGCUUCUGACCAAAUUAAUUUGCCUUAAGAGGAGAAAAGAUGUAACUUUAUUUUUAAGCAGUUUGCUGAAAGAAGAUUCAGAGAACACAUUGCAGGCUGUCCUUGUAUACCUCCGAAGUUCUCCACCUGUGCAAAGGCCACUUGUUGCUGUACUUCUGUUACACUUUAACCUAGUGGUGGAAUCUCAGCAGCAAAGCAUGUACAUGGAAGAAGCUCUUGAUGCCAUUAUCAAAGCCCUUGACGAUAGCCUAACUAAUCAGAAGAUCCGAGAAAGCUGUUGCAAAGCAAUUUUAAUUUUGGGGGGGCACUUUUCUUUACCUGAGACGUUUGGGAGUACAACACUAAAAGAAAUAGGAUUUAUUAACUUUGUUGAAGUGGAUUCUUUAGACUCUAAAGAAGAGAAUCCUGAAAUGAACAACAAAAAGUUAGUGGAAGAUGAAAAGCAGGCAAUUGAAGAAUGGCAGAGGAAGUUGACUUUAUCCUUGGUGAAAAGUGUGAAGCAACCAUUUUUUGCGAUCAUUUCGAAGUGUUUGGCUAUUGGAAGCCUUGAUUUAGUGGGAGUGGGGCUAUCCACUUUGACAUGGUUGAGUUUUUCCCUUCCUCUCCUUCCUGCUCCAAAGUUUCAUCCCUUAGCCUUAUCAGAUCUGAUCUGUCUGCUUAAAGAUUGCUUGCAAAAUAGUAUGCUAGUUGAACACAAGAUUCUUGCUUCAACUUGUCUGCUCAAUCUCAGCAAAAUUGCAGAAUGCAGGUUAAUUGUGAUUGCUAUCCGCAAAGAGAUUGAAGAUCCUCUAAGAAGCAUUGCUGAAAUCUCACAAUCUGCUAAGCACCUUUAUGCCAUUAUUACUAGAAGGGAAAAUAUUUGAACAGAAGAUAAAGAAUGAAGAAUUCUGCUUCACCUUCAUAGUUUACAAUUUUGUAGUUGAUUUGAUUACUAACCUUUCUUUUUUAUGAUUAUUAUAGAUGUUAACACUAUGAGACACUGCACAUCUUUUCUGAGGUUCGAUGUGAGAAGGUAGAAAACAGAUAGCCUAAUGAGCUUUUUGAAAGAAUAAUGCUAGAAAUCAGUAGGAAAAUUAUCAGAAAUAACACUCAAAGUUCUUCACCUUUCAUAAAUAGUAUCCUUUUUUGGCCAAAUGAUUUGUAGCAGUAUGAAAAAAAUGAAGUUCUCUCCAUGUUUGUUGAAUCUUGUCUUGGCUAGGAUUCUACCGUGGAAAUAAAAAAGUCGGUAAAUCUUUGUUUAUAGUCUUAGGAUCAAUCUUGGUCGAGAUGUACCAAGACAUGCCAUUAAAAGAAUGAGCCAAAAAGAUGUUAUUUACGAAAGGUGAAAAACUUUGAGUGUUACAGUAAGAACUCUUUACGAAUUUGUACAAAAUGAUUUUGAUUUUCUUUUCCAAAAUUAUAAGCAACCGUAAAUUUGUGGACA